AAUCUGUUAUUGACUCGUUCACUUCCAGCAUAAGGUCACUUACACGACUCCCUUCGUCUUAGAUAUAUAAAGAGGGGAUAUGUUAGACCAGCUACCCACAGUUAGGUUUCUUUCACAUAAGCAAUGAAAGUUUAUACAUAUACGACGAGACAGGAAUCUUUUUUGUGUCCACUGUGUCUUGCGUGCUUGUGUAUAAACUGGCAUUCCCGGUUUUAGCUUCUUUCUUUCUGUUUGCCUUGAUAGUCUUAUAUUCAGCUUCCGCGCAUUUGUGUAGAAAAGACCUUAGAGUAUACUAGCGCUUCUCCAUAAAGCAUUUCGGUAGUGGGGCUCGUCAUAGUGGGGAUGUUCACUUCGGCGCUUAACAAAGAUUUACAAGCAUUAUUCCGGCACGUUUUGCUGAAUAUAAUUGAAUGAAAUAAGCUAGAUAAUCAGGAUGUCAGAACAAUUUGUUGGUUGUACAGUUUCCGUAAAGUGUAUUGAAGAAGUUGGAACUUACCAAGGACAAAUAUUGGAUUUAAAUAAAGAUUGUAUUAUACUUUCAAAAGCUUUCUGUAAUGGGGUACCUCAUAGUUCACCUAUAGUAGUAUUAUGUGCAAAGGAUAUAUUAAAUGUAGAAUUUAUAUCAAUUAAUGAGACAGCACUCAAUACAAAUGAUAACAAUCAAGCACAUAAUAAUGUAACUGUAAAAAGACCUAUUGCUAAAAGAGCUGGUAGAUCAUUUUCAGAAAGUGUUUCAUCUUCUGUUCAAUCUACAUCAUCACAAACACAAACAAAUGUUAAAAAACCAAAUAGUUCUCAAUCUAUUAUAGAACAAUCUGCUAAUGGAAAAAUUCCAUUAGCUGAAUCUGUUGAUAAACCAAUACAAAAAAAAUUAAGUAAUAGACAAAGAAAUUUAGGACGCGAUGAGGAUACAUUUGGUACUCAAAUUGAUCAAUCGUUGAAUCAAGAUUUUGAUUUUGAGAAGAAUUUAGCUUUAUUUGAUAAAGAGGGCAUGUGGCAGAAAAUAAAUUCUUUAAAACCUAGAAAACAAAGGCAAACAGGAAACUAUAGGCAUGAUGAAAAUAUUAUUGUUUCUGAACCUACAGAUCUUAGACAAAUAAUGGUACCCAGUGCUGGUGAAAUAGAAUAUGUAACAGACAAUGGUUUAAUAAUUCCUAGUAUAACACUUAAUCUUCAUCGUCAAUUAAUAGGAGCAGCAGAUCGAUUGGGGAUUAGUUGGGAACGUAGAGUAGAACUUCUUGGUCGCGCUGGUGCAGAAAUUACAUUACAAUUAUUAGGAGGAAGUCAUCGAUUAGAUCCAAAUAAUGCACAUCAAUGGCCAACAGUUAUUGCUCUUUGUGGACCUCAUCGUUCUGGUGCUGCAGGUGUUAACUGUGCUAGACAAUUAUCUAGUCAUGGUAUUAAGACAAUAGUUUUUGUAGAAAAUUCUGAAGAUGUUUUUCUUCUACAAGAAUUGUCUUUAUAUAAAUUAACUGGAAACAAAGUAGAAACGAAAUUUAAAAAUUUACCAUCAAUGGUGGAUUUAAUAAUUGUAGCUCUUUGUGAUGAAAAUUCACCAAGAAUGAUUACACCUAUAGCAAAGUGGGCAAGUAAUAAUAGGGCACCUAUUUUAGCUAUUGAACCUCCAGCUACAGGAACACCUGGUAUUCUUAGCAAAUGUAGUCUGCUUGGUGGAUUACCAUUAUCUCAUAGUGUUGACAAUGGCAAAUUAUAUUUAUGUAAUCUUGCACUGCCAAACGAAGUAUAUGCAGAUGUUGGUAUAACGUAUAGGUCCCCUUUUGGACCAAAAUUUGUCAUUCCUUUGCAUUCCAAUAAUUCUUAGCAAAUUUAUAAAAAGGAUCAUGCUUCUAAUAAAAUGUUAUAAUUUAGCAUACUUUUACUUUUAUGCCUUGCUAUAUAAUAAAUUUAUACUUACAUCGCAAGAAUAUUGUCCGAAUUUAAUAAUAAAAAUCAUGUGUAAUGUAGCAUUUAAUGUUAUACAGUUGAAAUGUAGUUUGUGUAUAAACUGUUAUAAUUUGGUGUGCAAAGGCAAUUGUGUGUAAUAUUCUUUUAAAUGUAUAAGUAUACAAUGUAUACAUGAGAUUAAUAUAUAAAAGAUGAAUAUACAAUGUUUGGUUUUGUAAGUUACAUAAAAAAAUAAAUGCUUUUAAAUAAAAAUAAUAAAUUCAAGUAAAACUAGUACAUCAAUUUUUAAACAUUAUAAAAGUAUAGAAACUCUACAAAUACUACAAGUAUUUGUUACGCAAAUGUAUUGUUUCGUAUUACAAGUAUAUAAUAACAACAUAAUAUUAUGAUAAGUAAA